CCAAAAUCCAUCCAUGGCAGAAUCUUAUUAUAUCUUCAAGCUGCUAACCUUUGUGUGUAAUCCAUGGUGAAUCCUGAAGGAGACGCUGGUUCGACCAAAGUCUUCUUCUUUUAUCUACUUUCACUUUACCCAUCAGAAAGACAGUCUCUCUCUCUCUGGUUCUAAGUUUUGGAUAGAUUGUAAUGUUCUUUACACACCCAUUAUCUUCGAUUUUUGGUUGAUGAAUUGUAUUGAAAAUUGAAUGUACAACAGAUACAGAGUUAUGCUGCGUGCAACUUGUUUUACUCCUUCCCUUUCUAGGGCGUAUUGCCCUUUAUUCGCACUGUUUCUGAGAAUCCCCUCUGUUCAUCACCCGCAUCAUCCUAGCUCUUCUCCAUUUCGUGGGUACCAUAGUUCAUUACAAGUCAAAGGGUCUCGAGAUAGACGGCGUAUUCUCGUUGAUCACAACAGACAUCUCUGCACCAUACCCGAAGCUGCUAAACAACCGCCAGCUUCGACUUCCGAAAACUUAUCAAGAAAAGCGAGGAAGAAAGCUAUUCAGCAGUCUCCCGAAUCAAUGCUCAAACAAAAGCUAGACAUGUGCUCUAGGAACGGUAAUGUCCUGGAAGCUCUUCGCUUGUACGAUGAGGCCAAACGCAACGGCUUGCAGCUCAGCCAGUACCAUUACAAUGUCUUGCUAUAUGUCUGCUCGUUGACUGAUGGAGAAGCAGAGUCUCCUUCUGCGAAUCCAGGACUUAGUAGGGGUUUCGAUAUAUUUAAGCAGAUGAUUGUCGACAAAGUGGUUCCUAAUGAAGCCACCUUCACAAACGGUGCUAGGCUUGCAGUUGCGAAGGAUGACCCGGAGAUGGCUUUUGAUAUGGUGAAGCAGAUGAAAGCCUUUGGGAUUCAACCGAGGCUGAGAUCGUACGGACCAGCUCUUUUUGGUUUCUGUAGGAAAGGCGAUGCAGAGAAAGCAUAUGAAGUCGAUGCGCAUAUGAUUGAAUCGGAGGUAGUCCCUGAGGAGCCUGAGCUUACUGCUCUAUUGAAAGUUAGUAUGGAAACAAAGAACGCAGAGAAAGUCUAUGAGACGUUGCAGCGGUUGAGGGAUUUGGUAAGGCAGGUUUCUAAACCGACUUUUGACGCGAUUGAGGAGUGGUUUGAGUCUGAGGCUGCUGGGAAAGCUGGAGUUGAGAAAUGGGAUGUGAAGAGGAUAAGGGAAGGGGUUGUGAGUGGUGGUGGUGGGUGGCAUGGACAGGGUUGGCUUGGGACUGGGAAAUGGAAUGUGACGAGAACUGAGAUGGAUGAGAACGGUGUGUGUAAAUGUUGCAAGGAGAAGCUUGUUUGUAUCGAUAUCAAUCCGGUUGAGACUGAAAACUUUGCUGCUUCGUUGACUCGGUUGGCUUGUCAGAAAGAAGUCAAAGCUAGUUUUAAUCAGUUUCAGGAAUGGCUGGAGAGACAUGGACCGUUUGAUGCAGUCAUAGACGGAGCCAACAUGGGGUUAGUCAACCAGCGAAGCUUCAGCUUCUUCCAGCUUAACAAUGUUGUCCAGAGAUUUCAACAAAUAAGUCCCUCGAAAAGGUUACCACUUGUGAUCCUGCACAAGAGUCGUGUAGUGGGAGGUCCAGCUACUUACCCCAAAAACAGAGCAUUGCUAGAGAAAUGGAAAAACGCCGGUGCUCUCUAUGCUACUCCUCCUGGCUCAAACGAUGAUUGGUAUUGGCUAUACGCUGCUGUAAGUUGCAAGUGUUUAUUAGUGACAAACGAUGAGAUGAGAGACCAUCUCUUUCAGCUACUUGGAACUAGUUUCUUCCCAAGGUGGAAAGAGAAGCAUCAGGUUCGGAUCUCUGUGUCAAGAGAGGAUGGACUCAAACUGCAUAUGCCACCUCCAUACUCCAUUAUUAUACAGGAGUCUGAAGAUGGAAGAUGGCAUGUCCCAAUGAGUGUAGAAGAUGAUCUUCAGACAUCAAGGCAAUGGCUAUGCGCCAGAAGAUCCAAAACACAUUGAACUUCUUCUUUUUUUUUAUUUGGGUUAAACCUUGUUGUAACAUCACCAACAUUGAUUGUUUUAGAAAUAGAUUGUUGUUUCAUUGAAAAACCAGACGAUAGGAUUAUUUAUAUCUCAUCACUUUUCAAUUAUCU